AUGGUGGGGGAGCUGGCGCGAUGGACGUUGGUCUUGGGGGUUUGCCUGCGUCUGGGAGUGGGUGUUGUGGUGGGACCCGUCUAUUCGAACGACUAUGCAGGAUUGGAUUACAAUGUGACAGACUGGCAUUCGGAUCCAGCUCAAGGGGCCAAUCAUUAUGAGAGUGCAGCGUUAGCCUGCGCGCGCUAUUGCGAGGCGGAUGCCGAGUGCUGCGCCUGGACGUAUUGUCCCCCAGCCCCCAACGAUCCGGAACGGUGCUGCCUCAAAUAUGCCGUGCCAAGCUUGCAAGUUGGAGCUCCGCACUGGACCGGCUUGCCCAGUCGGGCCUACAACAACGCUUCAGGCCACCCAGUCGUGACAGCCAUGUGCCAACAUCGUGAUCCUCCGUAUCCUGGCCCUGCCCAAUGGCAACCGCGGCUUCACAACAUGCCUGCCUGUCUCAACGUGGAGUCCUGGCACGACAUUGCCGCCGCCAUUACCGUAGAGGGCAUACAUCAUGUUUUUCAAGGUUGUCCGGGAGAUGGUGGGUGGCAUCACGCCAGUUCGACGGAUUUAGUUCAUUGGACCAAUCAUGGAAUCAGCGUGACCCAGCGGAAUGAAUCGUACGCUGGCUUCACCUCCGAUGACAGCCCUUGCUCGGGGUUUGCCGUGGCCGAUGAUGACGGCAGCCUCUACGUCGGCUUUCGCCAGUGCAGCAGUACCACAGGUGUGCAAGGCGGUCAUCCUUGGGACGUACCGCUCGAGCUGCGCCGCGCCACCAACAGCAGCCUCUUGUCCUUUGGUGCCAACCUGUAUCUGUACAAUGUGAGUUUUUACCGUGCGCUCCCCUACGACCCCGUACGUCCGUGGAAGGACACCGAUGGCAUGUGGUACAGUACAAUUGCCACGGAUGGCUGCAAUGGCACCUCACGUGCGCUGCCCUGUGCGGCGGGAGGCCAACUCGAUCUCUGGCGCUCCCCGACGCUGCUGGGCCACGCGCAGCCGGGUGCCAAUGCGGGCUGGCAACAUGUGGGAGCCAUGUUUACCAGCAACCGGACGGUCCUCUCCGCGCUGCACCCAGAUCUCAUUGAGCCGCAAGAGCUCGUGACGGUUGACUACAUCGGCGGUUUGCCUGGGGAUCCUGCGCAGGGCGGGACGCGUCUGCUGCUGAAUAACGUGAACGGCAACGCAGGCGUUGGCACCACCAUGUUUUUUCGGGGGCACCAACCGACUCCAGGUGGGCGCUUUGUCAGUCUACACAACGACACGGACUUUGCCGCUGCUGGUGACGUUGGCAUGCUCGAUUGGGGUGCCUUUUGCCUGAAUGUGAGUGGCACCGACAAGCCUGGCCUGGUGGGCCUGGCGCUGCUGCGUGGCGACUGCUCGCGCGGCUUUUCCAUGGCGCGUACGCUAGGUGCUGGCGCUAGCAACCAGGUCCUUUUGCCUGGGCGACGAGUCUUGGUGGGUUGGGUUGGCUUGACGCCUGCAGCCCAAUCGCUGCCGCGCGAUCUCACACUCGGACCUGGGUUCGAAGUUCUACAGCAGUUUGUACCGGAGCUUGAAGCCUUGCGUACACCCGCCAUCGUCUCCCCGGUGCAGUUGGAGGUGGUAGCGACCUUGACCGUCCCCGCCAUGUCGCAGCACGGGUCCUGGCGCAGCAACACAACAGCAGGUGUCCAGUUGCUAGAUGAUGGCAACGGCGGAUUUGGUGUCACCGUGGGUUUUGACUUUGGACGCGAGUUGGUCUUUGUGGAUGCUACACGGGCAGGCAACAGCGACGUGCGAGCGGGGCCCUUGCUGACGCCUGUAACUGGAGACCCAUCAACGUGCCGUCUGCAUUUAAUCUUGGACCACAAUCUACUGACCGUCAUUUUCAACAAUCAGACUGCGCUCACGGUCAUCCUCGAGCCCGAUGACAAGUUUCUGGCCGGCGGGCUGGGCGCUUGGAGUGACGACCCCGCCCUGCUACCCGUUGUGACCUCUUGGUACCUGGAUUUGGCAUCGUAA